GCGAAGAUCGAGGUGGCCGUACAUAAGCCUACACUUCGCCCUCCUCACCGACAACACCUACAGCCACCCGUCUCACGUGUCUUUUGUCCUUUUAGCAUUUGCUUCCUGCUCCUUCGCUGCGAGGGACACCACCGGCGCAUCACUGCACGCCCACUCUCUCCACCUAAUUCCCCCCAGCCUGCUCGUCAGCACCCGCAACAAUGGGUAAAUUAGGACGCUUUGCGUGCAUUUUCGUGCCCAUGGCACUGAGCAUUGCCUCGCUCAUCUGUCUGGCCCUCGUCUUCAGCGGCCAGCUGGACAAGGGCAAUUCGCUGCAGAGAGAGCUGUUCUUCUUCAAGGCGGACACACGACAGUUCAAUGCGAAUCCCGUGAAGCUACCGAACGAGAACUACGACAACACGCUGUUCGAUGCCCUGAAGGGCGCCGCCUCCUCCAAAGAUCUCAAGGACUUCUACACCGUCGGGCUGUGGAACUACUGCGAGGGCGACACUGACAAGGAUGGCAAGAACCCCGUGGUCACCUACUGCUCGCCCCGCAAGACGUCCUACUGGUUCAACCCCAUUGAAGUCUGGGACCUGAAGAACACGACUGCGCAGAAGAUCUUCGGCGAUAAGAUGCAGAAGGGGCUCAAUGAUUACAAGAAGGUCACAGGCUGGAUGUUCGCCGCCUACGUGAUUGCAUUCUGGGUGACUGUCGCUGAGAUCGUGCUCGGAAUCUUCGCCAUCUUCUCGCGCUGGGGCAGCUUCGUCACCACCAUCGCGUCCUCGGUCUCCACCUUCUUCAUCUUCGGCGCCGCCAUCACGUCGACCACCAUCUACGCCGCGCUGGCCGGCACCUUCGACUCGGUGCUGAAGCCGUACGAGAUCCACGCGUCCAUGAGCAAGCAGAUGCUCGGCGUCGUUUGGCUGGCCGUCGCCUUCUCCUUCGCGUCGGGCCUCUUCUGGCUCUUCAGCACCUGCUGCUGCUCCGGCAAGAGCAAGAACAAGAAGGUGACGGUCGAGAAGACGCCCUACACGUACGAGCGCGUCGCCAGCCCCUACCUCGGCGCCCGCGCCCAGGGCGGCGAGGACACGCUCCCGCUGAACCCGAUGCCGCAUGCCGGCGCACCGACGGGCGCGUAUGAGCCCUUCAGACAGCAGCAUGUGUAAACGUGUUGGAGAACAAGCGAGCGCGAUUUAGGAAUUCCGAGCGAGGCAAGCAGAACUGAGGCGAAGAUGUGCUAUUUCACGAGUGCAUGAGGGAUUGCGAUACUUCUGGAUCUGACUGAAAUGUGGGGGCAUGUCAUAGUCCGCGGAAGAAAGUGGCAUUACGGCGUUCUUAAAGGGGCCCCUUGGGUUAGGCACUAUAUGUUGCGAAUUUUUUAUUUUUUUUAUAGUGCUUGCAUUAGCCAGAUUACGUUUUUGAUCUGCUAUGGGCUUUGGAUUUUAAGCCCGGUCUUCACUGUAAUCAAAACAUU